CGCCGGAGUCCUCGCGGCGGGCGGCGGCCGCGCCCAGGUGUUGGAGCAGGGAGGAGAGACAGACCAUCUUAGAUUCAGCCCCUGCCCAGAAGAAACUCCUAACCUGGAGGCAAGUGGAGAAAAGGGAAACCUGAAGCUGCUCAGCCCGGCCGGAAGACGCGCCCCAGACGACCCAGGGAAGCUUGCUCCCGCUGCGUCCACCCGAUUGUCAGAAUCGACACUCCUUCUCGGAGAAGAUUCUUAUCGUCUCAGCCCUCUGCCUUCAUUGAUCGUUGAUCCUUGGCCUGGGGAGGCUGCGCACUCCAGGCUCAGGCCCCGCAGGUUUGGGUGCUGAGUUUCUGUCUGGCUGUUUCUGGCUGAGGGAGUGAGAGGAGGCGGAGCGGGCCGGCCCAAGGGGACUGUCUGGGCAUUGCAGCCAGGCCAGGCGGCGAGGUCACCAUGUCCACCAAAGUGCCCAUCUAUCUGAAGCGGGGCAGCCGCAAGGGCAAGAAAGAGAAGCUGCGGGACCUGCUGUCGUCGGACAUGAUCAGCCCGCCCCUGGGGGACUUCCGCCACACCAUCCACAUCGGCAGUGGGGGCGGCAGCGACAUGUUCGGGGACAUCUCUUUCCUGCAGGGCAAAUUCCACCUCCUGCCAGGCACAGGUGCCCAGGGACCGGAGGAGGUGGAGGGCACCUUCGACCUCCCCUUCCAGUUCACCCGUGCCGCCACGCUGUGUGGGCACCAGCUGCCCGAGGGGCCUUCCCCUCUGCUCAAGAACGCCAUCUCCCUGCCUGUCAUCGGGGGACCCCAGGCCCUUACCCUGCCUACGACGCAGGCCCCACCCAAACCCCCACGCCUGCACCUGGAGACCCCACAUCUAUCCCCACAGCCGUCCUUGCAGGAGGCGGGGAGUGUGGACCUCUGGAGAAUUCCAGAAGCUGACCACAUUGGGCUGACCUCCGACUCAGGGGCAGAGGAGCCCUUCCUGUCCCACGCCAGCUCCCUGCUCUCCCUGCACGUGGACCUGGGGCCUUCUAUCCUGGAUGAUGUCCUCCAGAUCAUGGACCAGGACCUGGGUCACAUGCAGAUCCCCACAUAGGACAGAGGAGGGCCAGAGGGGUGCUCGUGGAUGCCCGUGGGGUGGAUGCCUGAAGGCGGGAUGGACCCAGCUCUGGCCUCGAAGUCUGGAUCCCCAGGUCCCAGCCAUGUGGUCUCACUUUAAACCUUUGUUCCCAGCCCCCAACCACUUCCCCAUGGCCAGGGUGGGCCUCAUGCCAUUCCCCUGAAACCCAAGGACACUCACAGAGUUGACACAAUGUGCCCUGAGCAUCCUGGGCCACUUGGACUCCCACACCAACUGCCUCCUCCUUCCCUCAGAGCCUUGGAUGAAGGCACCCCUGAGACAGACUCCCCUUUGACCCCCUGUCUGCCUCAGUCCUGUCGGAUGUCUGGGAAGAGCCAGGUCCCAGCCAGGGGGACCGUGGCUACACCCUGGGCUGGGAGCAUAGCCUCGGGGGCAGCUGCUCUGCCCUGUCCCCUCCCUGUGUGACCAGCAGACUCUGGUUGCAAUAAAAUGUUGCUGCUGGUGGUUGUGCGCCAGGCAAUCUUAUCCCAAUGUUCCCCCUAAAGUCAGACCAGUGGGCUGACUCUGGGGGGAGUCUCUGGCCCCAGAGGGCUUUGGGCAGGGCAGGCCAAACAGGAGAAUGAGGCAGGAACCCAGCACGUCCCACCUGCAAAUGUCCUGAUUCGGGUGUUUGUCAGAAGGUGGCAAGCACGGAGGAGGCUGGGGGCUGUGCCCAGGAAACCGGGGUCUGCUGGGGGUGGGGGAGGACCAAAGAGUGGAAGGAUAAACCCCAGGCCUAGUGCAAGGGACCCUCCAGCCUCCUCCUUCAGAGCACUGAGAGACUGUCAGGAGGGAGACCUGCCCUGGGCUGGUGGGGGUCCAAUGAGCUCAGGGACUCACCACCUUAGAGCUGUUGAGGGGGUGUGUCCAGGCCUGGGACGCCAGGCAAAUGCAGCUCUCCUCCUCUGGAGCUUACCGUUCCAGCUGGGGGAGCGGGGUGGAUAUUAAAUUUAUAGGUAAGAUGAAUUCCAAUAGCGCUGAGCACUGGACAACGUCACCAGCAAUGCCAGGUGGAGGGUGGGAGUGUGAGGGCACAUUAGGGUGAUCAGUGACUCUGAGCCAAGCUGGAGACUUCUGCUGGAGCAGAAGUAACGGCACGAGGCACCAGGGUGGAGGACAAAGAGGAGUCACCAUGUGGUGAAAAGAGCUUAGACCUCUGAAUCCCCCUGAGCCGGUGACUCAGUUUCCCCACCUCCAAAAUGGACUCAGUGAUAGCUACCUCAUAGGAUUGAGAAAAUUAGGAGUAAUACUGAUUAGUUGUCAUUUGGAAGGGGUUCUGAAGCACUGUGGGGCUGACAAGGGAUCCUGGGAGUGGGGAAUGUGCUGGGGCAGGAGGGAGUCAACCUGGGGCAGUUUCGCUUGCUGAAACUUUAAGCAGGAGAGACACCAGAUCAGAUCCAGGUUCUAGGAAGGUCACCAGCCAGGUCACGUGGAAGACGGACCACGAUCACAGAGGAAGUCGCUGCCGGGUAAGGGGCCGGGACCUAGGCAGGCACCGUGAGAUGGAGAGGGCGGCCACACUGAGGGGGAGCUUGUGUCUGGUUGUGCAGACCCCGUGGGCAGCCUCUUUGGUCCCCUUCUUCCCUGAUUCUUCAUCCUUGACACUCUGAACCCCAAACUCUCACUCACCCCAGUCUUUCCUGCCUCCAGGCAGAUUUAGUACUAGAGGAAGAAUUUGACCAGGGGGUAUUUUUUCCAGACAGGACUCUUUUUUUUUAAAGAUAAUAUAUAUAUAUAUAUUAUUGUUAUAAAAUAUACACAACAUGAAAUUUAUCAUUUUUACCAUUUUAAAGUCCACAGCUCAGCAUCAUUGACUACAUACACAUUAUUCUGCAACCAUCACCACUAUCCAUUUCUAGAACUUUCUCAUCUUCCCACAGUGAAACUCCAUACCCUUAAAUACUAACUCCCUAUUCUCCCUUCUCCCCAGUCCCUGGCACCCACCAUUCUAUUUUCUGUUUCUAUGAGUUUGACUCCUCUAGGGGCUUGAUAUAAAUGGGAAUCUUACAGUAUGAGUCUUUUUGUGACUGGCUUCUUUCACUUAACAUCUUUAAGGUUUAUCCAUGCCGUAGCAUGUAUUGAAAUUUCCUUUUUCAAGGCUAAGUCAUAUUCUAUUUAAUCACCGUUUUGUUCAUCCAUUCACCCAUUGGUGGAUACUUGGGUGCUUCUACCUUUUGGCUAUUGUGAAUUAUACUGCUGUCAACACAGAUGAAACAGAACAAAUAUCUGAGAUCCUGCUUUCAUUCUUUGGGGGAACUUACACUGAAGUGCAAUUGCAGGAUCAUAUGGGAAUUCCAUGUUCAAUUUUUUUGAGCAACCACUGUAUUGCACCAAAGCAGCUGCACCAUUUUAUAUUCCUGCCAAGUUUUUUUUGUUUUAAUCUGAAAUUGUGUCCUCAUUUAGAUAUAUCACACAACUGUUGAGUGGAAUUUGAACCCAGGUCUGUGAGAUCCCAAAGCCUGUAUUUGACUAUAAUCCUCCCUGAUGGGGGUGGGCUGUAGACCCUGGUGAAAUGUAAAAGCAAAGGGUGGGGAGCUGAAAGGCCAACACCUUCCUGUCUGCAGGCUCCCCCUCAGGCUCGGGGGGCUUGUCCCAUCUGACUUGGGAGAGGAAGACAAAAAAGGACACUUUCUUUAGGGCUUCACCAGAUGGAAGGGAGCACCUGACCUUGGACCUGAGCUGAAGCCAGACUACCCAUGGACGGGGGACCUGCCUGUCCUGGUUCCCCUGGACUUGCUCCCUACUCCACCCCACUCACAUCAGGCACCAGCCAAAGGGCCCCCCGGAAACCACUCAGUGCUGCCAUGUCAGGGUGGUGAAAAGGAAACAAGGCAGGACCCCUAGUGUGUGAUCAACUAAACUCAAGACACCUGCUUAUAUCAAGGAGGGCUGGAGAGACAGACUGUCUCCCUUCAGCUUCCAGAGCAAUGUCCAGUCACCAUGUCCCACAAACACCACUCAAGAAACUAAUUCCCCAAAGUCGGAAGUGAAGUUGUUGAAGAAAUGACAAAUGUUACUAUAGUUCACUGUUAUGGAUGCCCAGCAUCCAUGGAUGCUUUCAAAUUAAUUAAUUAAAUAAAUAAAUAUAAUGUUACGUUGCUUCUUAAGUAAGUCU